AUGUUGAGCAAACAAUCGCCACUUCAAGCUCAACACCUCAUACAGCCGUCACCAUUUAACCAGCCAAAUAUGGCUGGGCACGAUAGACUGGACGGACUGGAGCAAUUGCUGGCACCUGUAGCUGCUCUUUACUACCUAAUAUGUCUGGUAGGUAUGAGCAGUUUGGUUGGUGGAAUGCGCUUUUGUAUUCCACCGAAUUAG